CGGGCCUAGGCCCCAGGCUGCUUUAGGCAGAUGGCGGCGUUUCAGAGGGAAGCAUGGGCGCUGUUUAAUUUAGUUUUGAAAUGUUUCCUGUCAUUAUCAGCAGCUAGCACACACAACGGGGUAGAUUUGGAGAUAGGGCUGUGACAUGGAGCAGGAGCAGGAAUAACGGAAUGCCUAAAUCAAAGGAACUUGUUUCUUCAAGCUCUUCUGGCAGCGAUUCUGACAGUGAAGUUGACAAAAAGUUAAAGAGGAAAAAGCAAGUUGCUUCAGAAAAGCCUGUAAAGAAGCAAAAGACUGGUGAGACUUCAAGAGCCCUGUCGUCUUCUAAACAGAGCAGCAGCAGCAGGGAUGACAACAUGUUCCAGAUUGGGAAAAUGAGGUACGUCAGCGUACGGGACUUUAAAGGAAAAGUCCUAAUUGAUAUUAGAGAAUAUUGGAUGGAUCAAGAAGGUGAAAUGAAACCAGGAAGAAAAGGUAUUUCCUUAAACCCUGAGCAAUGGAGCCAGCUGAAGGAACAGAUUUCUGACAUUGACGAUGCAGUGAGAAAACUGUAAAAUCUGAGCCAUAUAAACCUGUACUGUCCUAGUUGUUUUAACCUGUCUUUUUACAUUGGCUUUGUUUUUUAAAUGUUGUUUUCCAGGCUAUUGUAUAUUUGGAUUGCAGAACAAUUUGUAAGAAUACUUUUUUUUUUUUUAACGUGCAUUAUUAAAAAUGUUCUGAGUGAAGCUAAUUGUCAACUUUAUUAAGGGGGUUGCUUUGUGCCCACCACCUAGUGUAAAAUAAAAUCAAGUAAUACAAUCUUAACUGUUGUGGCCUUCUUUGAUCAGAAGAAUUGGUACUAUUUAAGGCCAAAAGUUAACAGUUUAUAGACCUUUUAAUUUCAAUGUGGCUUUUACAUUCAAAAGGAUUUAUAUUGUAUUGAAUUUAUAAACUUGAUCUGUGAAACCCAUAGUUGAUUCUUCUAAACAAGUGUCUAGACUGAUUUUCAACCCCUCUGAUACUUCACUUCCCUUUUUAUCUUUACUUCAUUUUCCUUCUGUAACUUGUCAUGUUCAGUGUUCAUUUCACUUUUUGCUUUUUCUUGAAUAUAUUCUGCUAAUCUGGAAAGUCAGUGAAACUGUCUAAAUGUUAGUUAUCUCAAUAAGGUACUUGUAACUAAAAUAUUAUAUGAGAACUACAAUCACUAAUUCUACUGUAUUAAAUAUUAGGAGACAUAGUUUGAUAAACAAUACGGCUUGUGUGAAAGCUCUGAGCAAGUAAGUGUAUGUCAUGACCUGUAGCGUUCUGUGUAGUAGUUAUCUUAUUGCUUAGUCUGCAGGAAAUAAUGACUUAGAUGUCUGAUUUGCUUUCUCUUAUUAAACGUGUUCACCGUAGGAUGAUGUCUAUAGAAUCAGAUAUUGUUAAAUUAGCCUAGGAUUUAAUAAAAGUUGUGCAAGUUUCCUGGCCUAACAUUUUAUUUUGAAACAUUGACUAUGGAGUGUAUGCAGCCAGGGAUGUCGUGAGCUUUAUCGUUGGGGCGGCAGUGUGGUUGGUUUUUAGGGAAAGAGCAUAGCCUCGUGGUGGUUGGCCUUUGCUUCAGAAGUAGGCUUGUUCGUUCAGUUAACCUAGCAGUGCUCUGUAGGACUUCACUGAACCAAUGACAGAGACAUGGAUUGAGAUACAGGUUUCAGGGCCGUGGCAGCAAUGAGCAGGGCCUGGUGUGCCUUAGGAAAAGGAGGUAAGGGAGCUGUCACCGAAGUUAAAGAAGGCCGUGACGGCGGGAGAAUUCUCUGCAAACUAAGGAUAUUUUGAUCAUGUAGAUAGGACACGAUUCUAGAUAGAAUAGUCAAAAGAAAGGUUUAAAGAUGUAAAAAAUGCUUGUUGACAAAUUAUUUUUGAUAGCUAAAGUAAAAUAGUAAUUGGUUAUUGCCAUAUCAGAGUUGCACUGUCAUACCAAGUUCGAUUGCUAACUAUGUCUAGAACAUUUUAUAGAAUUGUCAAGGACUUGAUUUCAAAACCAUCUUCCAAACCACAUACAGUUACCAAUUUAUCUGGCAGCUAUUCUAAGUAUUUUUUUACAUUUUUAGAUUUUUUUUUAUUUUAGUGUUUUUAGCAGUAACCCUAAUCAGUAUGUAAUUGGGGAAAUAAAGAAACUCUCUGGUAUUUUAGCCUCAUCAAAUAAUAGGCACCAAAGUGUUCAAAUAAUGUCUUUUAGACAAUGCAUACUUGAUUGAUAAUUUUCCCCUGUUUUGGAAACAUGUCCUGUUAACUUGAUUGGGUAGAUUUGAAAAAUAUUCCUUAUAUAUACAGAAAGGGUAGUUAGAACACAGAACUUUGAUUUUGGUGUAGAUGGAGAGGGGAUAAUUGUUGACUUUCCUAGGUUUACAGGAAUUUAAGGAGUGUGUGCAUUUUGAAACAACCUGCUAAUAGAGAGAUGGUGCUGAAAUCUGUUAUUACCCAGGCAUUUUCCAGCUGUUUAGUGUACGAUGUUAAACCUUCAUAUAAGGAGUGCUUUUCUGGCAGAAUUUGGUAAGUCGACUGCUAAAUUCAUUUAAAUAAUGCUACUGGAUAUGCACUAUAUAGAAAUUAUUAAUCUUUUUUUUGGGUGUGUGUGUAGGGAAGGAUGAGAGCUGGGUUAAAAUAAGAGCCAAAUUAACUCCUACUGAAAGAAAGGGUACUUUUGUUUCUGUUUAAACUUUAUCUUUUUGGUAAGAUCACUCAGAAGGAAAGCUUGGCAUUUGGGGGCAGCCGUUUCUUGCCUUGUGAUGCCAGCAUGGACUUAACCACCACCGGCCCUGGCAUGUGCUCAGCAGAGGGCUUUCUCAUGGGGUUUUACUCUCUGUCUUUUACAUACAAGUAGCAUGUGACCAGUUUCCAAUGCUCUUGGCAUUUUAUGAAAAGAACUACCACUAAAAAAGAAAAACUGCAUAUAAUUUGAUUAUUCUCUUUUGUUUUGCUUCAUAAAUGCUUAAGAACUUCUUUUGAAGACUGUUCCUACCUCAUUAGCUAGUCAAGAUCCAGUGAUGAUCAACCUAUUCUGCGUAAUAUUUUUGGAAAAAAGAUUAUGAAAAUAAAUAUAUACAUCUUGGCCUUGGCUAUUGAGGGGAAAAGAAAGAUAAUUGAGAAUUAAGUGUUCCUGAUGACAUGGGUAUGUUGAAAGAGUAUAUGAAAGUCUGAAAUAGUACAAAAGUGCUGGCUAAUAUUUAGGUAUUUCUCUUGAUAGUCUUUCACUUUUUAUGGAAAUCCAGUGAAACACUCAAAAGGUUUUUUUUGUGUGUGUUUUUCUUUGUUUUUUAGUGGUGGUUUUCCAGAUAAAUUCUAGGAGUAAAAUCUUUACAUAGUCACACACAUGUACUUCUGUAACUGUGGAAUACCUGUAUGCUUUGUUUGGUGCAUCUUCCAUGGAGAUGCCAAUGACUAUACUACAUCUGUGAAUAUUUUAAAUGUUGAAAUAAAAUAUAAGAAACGUG